UCCUUUACACGAAUUGAUGCGAUUUAAAUCUCACAUUGCUGAUAUCAUCAACUCAUUUGUAGAAUCUCCAAUCUCAGAUCCGCAUUUCACUCUCACAAUAUUCAUAUCCAUGGAUAAAUCGCUUUUUCAUUUUUUCUUUUCCCUCAUUAUCAUAAUCCCCGAAUAUUCCCAGAAUAUUAUUUACUUCUUCGUUGAUCAUGAUGGUUGGUCAAAUUUAGUUUUUUCCAGAAAGAAAAAUGUGUACCAGAUUCUGAUACCUUAACAAAUCAAAUUUGAUUCACACUUGUGUUUAAUUGUUUUUGGAUCCCAGUCCUUGAUCGUCUUCUCCAUGGCUCCAUUUUAUGAAAAUUUCAAAGCAAAUCCAUCUUACUGUAUUAUCAGAUUUUUUUGAAGAUUUCUGAAGGUACUCAGGAGAAACGAGCAGACGUGCAUAGUGUCAUGGCCGACGAGUUUCCCAGGGAAAGUUUUGAUCGCUCAGGACCUUUGCAUUUGACGUAUGUCUUAUGGGAUAAUGCGUAUCAUCGAAUGUCAGUUGCUGCUAGUUUGGUCCAAGGUGUUUACAUUCUAGAAAGGGACCGGCAAGACAAACGUGAAGGUCCUGAUGCUCUUGCACCACCUUGGUGGACAUUCUUCCACUUUCAGCUACUACGUCCACUUGUAGAUGAUGUUGAUUCUUCCAUCUUUGGUGCAAUAUAUGAGUUCAAGCCUCAGUCAUCUGAGUAUAAUGACACUUUAUACAGAAGUCCACGUUAUGUGAUUGCCUUUCGAGGGACUCUAACCAAAUCACACUCAGUUUCGCGUGAUAUUGAGUUGGAUAUCCACUUUAUCCGUCAAGGGCUUCAUCAAACUUCUCGCUCUGACAUAGCCGUUCAAGCUGUUCGAAACAUGGUUGCCACCGUAGGCGAUUCAAAUGUUUGGCUGGCCGGACACUCCCUAGGAUCAGCAAUGGCAAUGCUUACUGGGAAAAGCAUGGCCAAGAAUGGCAUGUUCAUUGAAUCUUUUCUUUUCAACCCGCCAUUCGUAUCGGCUCCGAUCGAGAGAAUUAAGGAUGAGAGAUUGAAACACGGGAUUCGAUUCGCAGGCAGCGUGAUAACAGCUGGACUCACCAUUGCUAUGAAAGCCAAGCAGCAGCAGGAUAUACCGCCUCUUGAUCCGUUUGCAGCUUUGGCAGCCUGGGUUCCAUGUUUAUUUGUGAAUCCAUCAGACCACAUCUGCUCAGAGUAUGUCGGAUACUUCGAACACAGAAAAAGAAUGGAAGACAUGGGAGCAGGAGUGAUUGAAAGGCUAGCAACUCAAAACUCGCUCGGUGGCCUACUGAUGAGCGCGUUUGGGAAGGAAUCAGAAGCGUUGCACCUCAUUCCUUCAGCUUCUCUGACUGUUAACAUUGCUCCUGCAGAAGAUUUCAAAGAAGCCCAUGGGAUUCACCAGUGGUGGCAACCUGACUUGCGCCUUGAACACAAGCUCUUCAAUUAUAAAUAGUUCCUGUAAUUUAUUGAGGGUUGCUGAUUCUGAUUUUCUGAAGACUGAUCAAAUUCAUUUUGAGCAAGGUAUAUUUUGAAUGGUUGAAAUGUCAUUUUGCUCCAGAAGUUUGUAGAUAGGUGGCUGUUGCUACAAAACCUUUGUCCUAAUUUAUGAGUGAAGAAGCCUUGCUGCUGAAAACUGUUUACCCAAGAAAAAUAUGAUACACUGCUAUUGGAGUAAAACGAAAAGUAGUAGUGUUUGAACUAGCUUAUCCUUGGUUCAUUGAUGCUUAUAAUGUUGUACUUGUAUGUAGAGUUUUUAGCUGAAAGUUUGAUCAUUAGAUUUAAAUGAUGUAUUUGCCUCCUAAGAGAAAAAAUUCCCUUGAUAGAAGGAUAUUUAAAUGAUGUAUUUGCCCCCUUAAAAUUCUUAUACUAUUUAUUUCAAUCAUUCAAUGUUGAUAUUGUUUGA